AUGGAUGGCGAGGUUCGUGAGAAUACGACUGAUGAUAUGUCAUGGGCAGCUGCUGAGAUUGGGUUUGGUGCGCGCGAGGGCCGGCUCGACCCCGGUCAGGGCGAGGGUACCCUUGAUGCUGCUGGGAUGGAGUACUCGACAUCAGAUAAAUUGCACGGGCGGAUGUCCUCGAAACUGGGUAAACACAACCACGUCUUUAACCCCCCGAAUGCAUAUCCUGAAAUUGCCUGCGGGUGGAAGAAGGCAUCUGAGAAGGCGCAUGGGUUGUGCAGCUUGUCAAGCAUCCAAAACUACGGAAAGAGGGAUAAGUAG